AUGGCUAUGACGAAUUUGCAAGAACUAUCCAAGACUCCCUAUCUCGCAGGAUUACAAUCAAUAAUGUUAUUGACUACGCCGGUGAUAUCUCCUGCGACUGUAUCACCUUCAUACGUUAAGUAUCAACCUGUUUUGAAUGCAUCGACGUUAAGCACUAUCAAGAACUACCUUUACAGUGCAAAAUAUAUUGGGCCCACUAACAAAUCAUGUUACUUAUUUGGAGCCGCAUUGGCUAUGGGAACUGGAAUGCUUGUUGAUAAAGACAUAGAGAAUGGAUCUGGAUUUGUAUCCGCUUGGUCAGCAUUAUAUCUAAUUGCAUCCUCUAGAGGUUCGAUUAAAGCAGUGGCAUACGGUAAAGUUUGGCCAUUGCUUCUCUCCGGAAUAGCAUGCAUCAACUCUUUAGCGUACGGAAAGAGAUAUGUGUCGUGCCAAUUCAAGUAG